CUUCAAUUACGUCACAUAACGGGUGAUGCGCGCGCGCGUACCUUUCGAGAGCGUGACUGCGCGAAUCAAAAUGGCGGCGGCCACAAGAGAAAGAAGCUGAGGUGAGAAUUUUUUUGAUGUAUGUUUUUAGCAUGUUUAUAUUUUCUCACAUUUAUUUCCUUACGUUUAAGCAUUGUAGUGUGUUAACGUUACACAUUUUUAUUCAUAGAUGUAUAAAUAAAACAGAAUAGGACAGCUGUAUUAUCAUUGAAAUUGUCUGUCAUUCAUCAUUGCAAUGCAUAUUUAUACUGGUCUUAAAAACUGAAAUGCAAGAAUGACUUGUUUUAUUUCGUUUAAAUGUGUUUAGUAAUUAUGACCCCCUUCUAUUGGUAUUUAUAGUGUUCUGUAAAUAUACAUGUUGACUUCAUAUCUAUCCUUAACAUAAUGUUUUUGCUAAUGAAGAAUAAACAGCUCAAUAUAAUUUUACAUAUUACAGUUCCUAUCAUUUUCUGGAAGUUACUAGAGUUUUUCAGGUACAUGCAUGCUUCCAAAAAACAGUUUGAAUGCUAAUAACUUAAUAUUAUAUAACCUAUUUAUGGUUACGUUUUUAAAAAUGAAACCAAGAUAAAUUAGUGCUAAACACUACUGCAGAUUAUACGUGAAAUGUCUUAAAAUUUAAAGAGAAUAUGCAAAAUACUACUCACUGGCUAUAAUGAAUAUUUUUAACCUAAUUUCAAGUGGUUUUCUUGUGAAAAUUACAACAUAUGAAGACAACCAGUUUAAAAGUCAUAGUACAGGCAGACAGUGAAUGAAUAUAAAACCCUCUCUGAAUGACUAAUGCAUAGAGAAUAAAAGUUAAAGGGACACUCCAAGUACUAUAACCACAACAUGCUUUUAAUAUCAUUAUUAAAGGGUUACUGUGAUGCCUUUUUAAAACUUAGAUUUUUUUAAACUUAAAGGACCACUAUAAUGCCAGGAAAACAUACUCGUUUUCCUGGCACUAUAGUUCCCUGAGUGUGCCCCCACCUUUAGGGUCCCACUCUCGCCGGGCUGGAUGGCAAGGAAAGGGGUUAAACUUACCUUUUUUCCAGCGCCGGGUGGGGAGCUCUCCUCCUUCUUUUCGGCUGAAUGCGCAUGCACGGCAUGAGCUGCACGCACAUGAGCGGCAGGAGCUGCGCACGCAUUCAGCCAGUCUCAUUGGAAAGCAUUCAUAAUGCUUUCCUAUGGACGCUGACGUCUUCUCACUGUGAUUUUCACAGUGCGAAGCACACAAACGCCUUUUAGCGGCUGUCAAUGAGACAGCCACUAGAGGCUUUAGAGGAUGGAUUAACCCAUUUAUAAACAUAGCAGUUUCUAUGAAACUGCUCUGUUUAUAUAUAAAAAAAAAAAAAAGGGGUUUUAUCCUAGAGGGACCUGGCAUCCAGACCACUUCAUUAAGCAGAAGUGGUCUGGGUGCCUAGAAUGGUCCUUUAAUAAGCUCAAUUGGUUAUUAUUCAUUAUACCCACCCCACACACACACAUUUUACAAUAAAACCAGCCGCCUUCCACGUAUUUUCCAAUGUGACCAAGAGUUUUGAGUAGAGUCGAAGCAAAUGAUUUUGUUUUUUAUACAGAUUCUUUUGAUUGGACUAUGUUGCUUGCUCACACUCCCUGAGUGCACUCUGACCGAGGGAGGUGGGAGGGUAUUUAAUAAAAUUUUAAAACUAUCUACUCCCUUGCAGAAGCACUACAAGGCCGAGUACAGAUUAAGUGGAAUCUGUAGUGUUAGAAAUACAAAUCUCUAUUCCUAAUACUAUAGAACCUUCUGGUCCUCACUCCCCCUUAGGCAUAUAAAGUGUUUAAAAACCCUUUACUAACCAAAAUCCAAUGUCCCUUGGCACUGGAACAGUGCUCCGCCUUCUCCGACUGGGGGACCUAAUGCGCAUGUAUGGUGAGCGCAUUAGGCCCUCCCCAUAGAAAAGCAUUGCCUCGAUGCGUUCCUAUGGGGAUAUCAUUGACGUUGGAUAUCGAUGUCCAGCGUCCAUUAGAAAACCUGGAGUCCGGUUAAAUCCUGAAAGUGCCUCUAGGCUGUCUUUGUACAACAAUGUAAACAUUGAAGUUUCUAUGGAACUACAGUGUUUUACAUUACGGGACUAAGGGUGUUCUAUCAAAAUCCCCUACCCUCGUCACGUCUGGUGAGGAAAAUCAGCUGGAUCCUGUGCUGCACAUGCGUGCUAGCAUGCCUGCUACUCCUCCACAGCAAGGUACUGGAAGGUAAGUAAAGCUAGUUUUACACUUUCAUUAUAGUUAGUGCAUUCACUAAGCUUAGGCACACGGGACAUUUAGGGUUAAUUAAGUGUUCAAAUUAGGGUUCGGUAAAUUAUUUUAACUUCUUACACUCUAUUCUAACAAUUGGGGUAAGGGUUAAAAUAAAAUGUGAAAAAGAAUCACAAUUUAUAGAUAUUCCCUUAAAGGGACACUAUAGUCACCCAGACCACUUCAGCUCAAUGAAGUGGUCUGGGUGCAAUGUCCCUCAGGUUUUAACCCUUCAGAUGCAAAUAUAGCAGUUUCAAAGAAACUGCUAUGUUUACAUUUGGGGUUAAGCCAGCCUCUAGUGGCUGUCUUCUGGACAGCCAUUAGAGGCGCAUCUGCGACGCUGGAAGCAUAUUAUUCCUCCAUUGUGCAGAGUGUCCAUCGGAAAGCAUUGAGAAAUGCUUUCCUUUUGACUGCUUGAAUGCGCACGCGGCAGUUGCCGCGCAUUCGGAUCCCGUGACGUCGGACAGCUCCGCUGAUGUCUGCGGGGGAGGAGAGGUGCUGAGGGAGCCCGGCUCCAGAAUAAGAUAAGCUGCUGAAAGGGUUUUAACCCCUUCAGCGCCAUGGGAGGGGGACCCUGCGGGUGUGGCCCCCACGCCCCUUUAGGGCACUAUAGGGCACCGCUUUGUUUUCCUGACACUAUAGUGAUCCUUUAAUGUGAAAUAUCACUAAAUAAAAACAAGUCCCUAAUUUGAACCCUAAAUGUCCCAUGUCCUAAGCUUAGUGAAUGCGUUAACUAUAAUGAAAGUGUAAAACUAGCUUUACUCAUCUUCCUGGACCUUGCUGUGGAGGAGGAGCAGGAGUGCUAGCAGCUGAUCCAGCUGAUUUCCCUCACCGGAAGUGACAAGGGUAGGGGAUUUUCACGGGUAGGGAAAUUUGAUAGAACAGGGACAAUGACCCAGACCACUUCAAUAUGCUGAAGUGGUCUGGGUGCCUAGAGUGCCCCUUUAAGAAACCGCACACACUAAAUAUUGGUGCAUAAACAGCAUACCCCAAAAUUGGUGUGUUCUACACUAAUUUUUAAUAUGGGAGAUAAACAUUAUAACUACCGUAUUUACUACUUAAACUGCUUCCAUAGACUCACAAAUGUAUGCCUUCCCACUGUCAUCCUUUGUGGGGCACCCACAGUGUGUGUUGUGUUCAAUCAUAGGAAUCAUGUCUGGAUUUCAAAUCUUCACAGAAGAAAGGGUAAUUGGGGGUAGCGACACACCCAGUACAGGUAUUACUAAGUAGUACUGCUGCUGUAAAGACAAAAAUAUAUGCUAACUACAGAUUAAGGAAAAGUCCGCACACAAGAAAAUAGUUUUAAACUCACAACUGACUUUUACAUUUGCCGAUGAUUCAAUUGGCUCUUGGCACAAAAGUGAUUAAAACUGUGGGUGUGCAGAUUUUUAAUCUGAAAUUCUGCAUAUCCAGACUGCUACAACCGUGUUUACUUCAAAUUACUGAAGUGUUCUCGGUGGUUGGAGUAACCCUUUAAAUAAAAUGGCCGUUUUUGUGACACUUUGUGCAUACAAAAGCAGUCGGCAGUCAGUGAUGCAUAGGGAUUCCCGCUUUAGUUUUGUUCAUCAUACAAUAUCUACGUCAGUGUUAGAGAUGCUGUCAUUGGAGUGGAAUCUUACCGUUUUAAAAUGUUCAUCUUAGGUCACUGGUUGGAAAUGCUAGUUAUUUUUGCAUAUUGACAUUACAACUAUUAUGAUGCCUGUAUUUUACAUUAGAACAGUAUUGUUAUUGCAUGUAUUUGUGUAUUAAACUAGAAAAAGACAGAGUGUGUGUGUGUGUGUGUGUGUGUGUGUGUAUGUAUGUAUGUAUGUAUGUGUGUGUAUAUAUAUAUAUAUAUAUAUAUAUAUAUAUAUAUAUAUAUAUAUAUAUAUAUAUAUAUAUAUAUAUAUAUAUAUAUAUAUAUAUAUAUAUACAGUGUUAGUUGCAUUUGAUGCUCAUGUUCUAUUACAGAAUAUUCUCUAGAUUACAGUUUUACAAAGUCUGACCUCGUGCUUCAGUGACAAGUAAGUUUCCAUGGUCUAUUUUAAUAUAGGCGGGUCAGUUAGUGCCAAUAUAUUACAUAAGGCUGUGUUUUAACACCCUAUAAUUUCUCAAAAUCACUUCACAGAGCCAGCUCUUUAACUGAAGAGAUCUGCACACAGUACCUAACAAAAUAUAAUGCAUUAUUCUUGAAGUGAGCUGGGUGUCCUGACAAUAAAUUAUAGAUUAGCUGCCGUCUUGAGAUUUUAUAAUAAUAUCCAAUAAAAUGGUCACAUUUUCGGUACAAUCUGAUUUUUGUAUUCCUCAAAAUAUAUAGUGUGGCUGACAGUUCAACCGGACGGUCACAUGAGCUGUUAGCUCCUCCAUGAACUGACCCUCCACAGCUAUUAGAACAGCUUAUUUCGCCCAUUCCCAGCGACAAAACCUGCAACAGGUACUCUCAAAGCAUGGCAUCAAAAUCUGCCAAAAAACCGAAGCAAAAACAAUCCCUGCUGCAAAUACAAAUGCUUCCGACGCCGCGCUCGCAGGCCCAAGAUGGCGCGGAACUGCAGCGCUCGCCAGCGGCCUACUCUGACGCCAGCGACAUCACCUCAGUCUCUGAACCGACGAUGGCCCAACCUACGGACCUUUCGGUCCACAAGAUGCUACAAGCCAUGCAGACCUCCCUGCAAGCCGACCUAACCAAAAUGGCAAGAGACAUAAGGACAGACAUCCAGGCGCUUGGAGAUAGAACGUCGCACCUAGAGGAGAAAGCAGAAGAAAUUAUCUCCGCUCACAACACUCUGGCGGAUGCCUAUGCAGACAUACAAGAACAACUAGGCCGCCUGACGGAGAGAGUCGCCGACCACGAGGAUAAGGACCGGCGCAGCAACAUCCGCCUCCGCGGCAUCCCAGAGGAGGUCCCCCACCAAGACCUUCAGGCCUAUGCCACCGGCCUCUUUCAACACCUGGUCCCUGAUCUCGCACAGUCAGACUUCCUCAUUGAUCGUAUUCACAGGCUACCAAAAUAUAUAGUGUGCAUUUGAUGAAAUUUUAUUUCUUUUAAAAGGACACUCCACUAUAUAUAUAUAUAUAUAUAUAUAUAUAUAUAUAUAUAUAUAUAUAUAUAUAUAUAUAAUCUCGAGGGCUUGCACUCCUGGUGUAAUCCUGUGGUGCCAGGUGCUGGUCUGGCAAGGAUCAUGUAGACAGAGCAGAAAUGACCGCACUCCAAGGACUUUAUAGAGAUUUUCAAAUAAAAUUUAACUUUUAUUCAAUCCAUUUAAAAAGUCAACGUUUCAGCUCCCACAUGGAGCUUUCAUCAGGACAAAACAAUGUUCUUUCCCCUCAUCGUCUGCAUAUCUAAAAAAAAAAAAAAAGCUGCAAAACAUGUAAUAAUCUUGUCUGAAGCCUUUGCAAGCCUUCUCUUCUAACCUAGUAGGCUUUCUGUGACUGUCCAAUUACAGACUUACCAGUGUAAGCCUAUUGAGAAGUAUAUUCAAGACCGGUGCUAAUGGCAAUUACCUGCUUCUUUAGUUUUGCUCCACUGAGCUAAACAACCUGGAAGUAAUAGAACCAAUUGUCUGGUUGAUCGCAAGCUGAAGUGCUCUAGGAUAACUUUGUUUUGUUUUUGUUUUUUAAUUAUUAAUUUUAUAUCAAGACAGGAAGUUCGUAUUAUGCAUUAACUUUCUUUACUUAACUCCAGCAGCAAAGACAUCUUUUCAAUAAAGUUUAGUGAAUAAAUGACAAAAAACAGAGUAACUGAAAUGGAACUCUCAGUAGCCAAUCAGCAUCCGUCAGAGUCUAUAUAGUGGAUGAUCCCCAAUAGUCUUCCUCUUUCUUUCUUGCUCCAGUAGAUCUAUAUUAUUGUUUUCUAUAUGAAUACCUUCUGGUUUUGUUAAAUGUGUGUGUGUGUGUAUGUAUGUGUGUGUGUGUGUGUGUUUUGUAUGUUUUCUGAAGUAAUUUUAUAUAUUUUUCUAAUUAUUUUUUUAUAUAAAUAAAAAUUUGGUUCAUACACACUGGCAUUCGCGCCUUUUCAUCCGAAGUGAGUCCACGUUCGGUAGUUUUCAUACAACUUGUUACUUUUCAGUUAUUUCGAAUGACUCGCGUUCAGUAGUUUUCUCGCAAAUCGCGCCAUUUUAAAAAAAAUUAGUUAUACUCGCGUUUGCAGGUUUUGUGUAUGAACUUGUAUUUAACUGUUCAGUUUAUUUCAACAGUUUUUUUCAUGCGAAUCGCUGCACGUGCAAUUUUAGAUAGUCACUCGUAGGUUGAUGACGUUAUUAUGGGUGGGAAAUUCAGUUAGUUGGGUUUCAGCUAACUUUUCUGCCCACUUUAACUCAGCACAGUGUUUCUCCACAACUUUGUUGCUCUUUGUUGGUAGUUAUUAUAAGUUUGGAAAUUUGACUUUCGUGUCAGUAUUUUACCUAAUCUUUUGCAACAUUAUUUUACUAUUUACUAAUAGUCGUUGCAAUAUUGAACGAUGAAUUCCAAAGAAAUUAGACAAACUCCUUCUCAGUCACCAAAACCUGGUGCUACUCUUGACUGGGAAAUCCUCAUUGAGGAUUCUUCACAAAAUAUUGUAGACUUAUCCGUUCACAAAUCAAUUUCAUCCGCAAUUUAUACUGCAAUGUCUUUCAUGCAAAAAACAAUUGCCUGGCCAGGGAAGGGGGACAAAAAAAUAUUUUAAAAAAAAAAUAAUGCAAAUAUUAAAAUAAUAAUAGUAAAAUAAUAAUUUUAAUAUUUGCAUUAUUUUUUUUAAAUUUGUUCCCUCCCUGGCCAGACAAAAGCAGGGAGGGGACACAAAAAAAAAAAAAUGCAAAUAUUAAAAUAAUAUAAUAAAAUAAUGUUAUUAAAAUAACAUAUUAUUAAAAUAAUAUUAAAAUAAAAAUGCCCUCCCCUCACCCAGUUUACACACAAUGCACAAACGCACACACUGCAUUAUAUACACACUGCAUUCAUUAUAUACACACACAAACACACACUCUGCAUUCAUUAUAUAUGCACACACUCUGCAUUCAUUAUAUAUGCACACACUCUGCAUUCAUUAUAUAUACACACAACACACAACACACAAACACACACUCUGCAUUCAUUAUAUAUACACAAACACACACUCUGCAUUCAUUUUAUAUAUGUGUGUGUGUAUAUAUACACACACACACUCUGCAUUCAUUAUAUAUAUACACACACUGUAAAUAUUCAAUUAAUGUAAUUUUAUUGGGAUCUACCGGUAAUUUUUAUUUAGAAAUUUACCAGUAGCUGCUGCAUUUCCCACCCUAGGCUUAUACUCGAGUCAAUACGUUUUCCCAGUUUUUUUUGUGGUAAAAUUAGGGGCCUCGGCUUAUAUUCGGGUUGGCUUAUACUCGAGUAUAUACGGUAAUAAAUAUCUAUUUAGCUCCCUUGGUAAGGCUCAGUCAUCUCUGAGGAAUGUAUUGAACCCCAAGGUUUUUGGAAAGGCUGGAAGAGGAAGGAACCGCUUUUCCAGUCGCUCCUUUCAACAUAGACGGGUUCCAAGGAACACCUUUCAGCCCACCAGGCCCUCAUAUGACACCCAACAAACAAAUCCAUUCUUGGAGAUCAAGAGGUCAUCGGAGAAUGUCUCGCUUCAGAUCUUCAUCCGGUAAGUACGACAAUAUCCCCUUUCUUCCCUAGAAGGGUUAGGGGGCAGACUCACUUGUUAUUUCCAUGUUUGGAGUCAGAUUAAAAACUUCAAAAUAAAUUUAUCAUAUCCAUUUCAAAGAAAAAUACCUAUCCCGAUAACAUUUUUGAUCUAAGACCAAGCAAUGGUCCAUCAAGAAAUAUUAAAUUUAUGCUCAAAAAAAAAAAUGCCAUCAUGCAGGUGCCCAUGAGCAGUCCAGGCUUCAUAAGCAAUUCAUUCUUGGUAAAAAAAUUAAUAAAAUAAGAGAUUCUGGUCACAGACCAGUCAUAAAUUUAAAAUAUUUAAACAAUUUUGUCAGAUACCACCAUUUCAAAGGAGGGAAUUUAUUAUAUCAAAAACCUAUUGAUAACGCAACGACUGGUUGAUCAAAAUAGAUUUGAUGGAUGCGUACCUAUUCACCAUUCAUGUCAGAAUUAUUUACAAUGCAUAUGGGAAGGGAAGAAAUGGAAAUUCAGUGCUUAACCAACUUGCUCAAACCUGUAGUAUCCCUGCUUCGAAGCAGGGGGGUGAGAAUGAUAAUCUAUCUAGACGAAAUCUUGAUUAUGUCAGAGUGUGCAAACUCUUCACCCUCAUUCUCAAUGGACAUUGAAUCUGUUAACAACAGAUUUCUAGUGAAUUCCAGUUUAGCCACUCUGUCUUCCAUCGCAGAAAUUGAAAACUUUUCGGAAAGAGAUCCAGUCAGUUCUAACAAGGAAUUCAUUUCCAUCAAAUCUCUGGCAAGGAUUUGUAGGUCUUUUAUCAGCCUUGAUUCAAGCAAUUUUUCUGGCCCCCUUCAUUAUCAGGCUCUUCAAAUAGUAAAAACUUUGGCUCCAGAGACAAGAACAGAACUAUUUGGGUGGUUAGAUCAUGUUCAAAUUUGGAGCGGAAAAGCCAUUUUCACAUCAUUCCCAGAUCUGAUUUAUAGAAUCCGAGUCAAGUAGGCUGGGGAGCCCAUUGUGGAGGCAAUUCCACAAUAGGCGAGUGCAUAUAAACUGCAUGGAACUCAUUGCAGGAUUGUUCGCUCUACACAGCUUUGCGAAACAAAAAUCCCACUGUUUUUAUUCCUCUCAAGGUGGACAACAUAUCAGCAGUCCAAUACGUAAAUCGCUUAGGAGGUACAAAAUCUAAGCAACUGGCGGACAUUGCCAAAGAUUUUUGGCACUUUUGCUUCGAUCGAAAAAGUUUUACGAGCAAAAUAUCUUCCUGGCCUUCCCAAUACAGUAGCAGAUUGGAAUUCCUGUUUCUUAGUGGAUUACAGUGAUUGGAUGUUGGAUCCCAACGAUUACUUUCCCUGUGGGGUCCGUUUUUCAAUACAACCUCUUUGCAUCACGACGAUCAUCGCCAAUUAGAAACAUUUUUCAGUUGGCGUCCGGAUCCAGAGGCCGCAAAUCAGGAUGCAUUCCUCCAGUGCUGGAAAGACGAAGCCAAUUAUGCAAUUUCCUCGUUUGCGAUGAUAUCCCAGAUACUUCGGAAAGCAUGGUCUCAGAAAUCAACCCAUGGGGUAAUAACCCCUCUCAGGCCAUCACAACCAUGGUUCCCUCAGCUUUUCAGCAUGCUGAUAGACUACCCACGACUCAUACAAAUGCGUCCGGAUGCUCUUUGCGAUCCGCAGGGAAAUCUUCAUCCUCUAGUACUAUUAGGCCAACUACCUUUUUUAAUAGCCUCUCUCAUCUCUAGUCAUACGAAUCUCGUGGUGAAUUUUCAAAAUCAACUAGAGACAUUCUCUCAGAAGCAUGGGCACCAGGUACCCGUGCAAAUUACAUAUCAGCCUGCAAGAUUUGGCUUAAUUGAUGCAUGGAACGGGCUGUGGAUCCCGUUCAUUCAGAUUUUUCAAACAUUCAAAAAAUUUUGUCAGCCUCGUUUGACUCAGGCAAGGCUUAUCGCACCAUUAAUGUCUGUCGAUCAGCAAUCUAAGCAAAUCACGACCCUAUUUAAUUUUUCCGUAUGGGCAAACAUCCCUUAGUCUGCACACUUAUGAAGGGUAUCAGAUUUAAGCGUCCUCCAUGCCCUAAAUAUCAUUCUACUUGGGAUGUUACUCUGGUACUCCAGUUAAUAGAAUUGUGGGGUGACAAUGACUCAUUAUCCCUAAAAUUGCUUUUAUUUAAGAUUACCAUAUUACUAUACCUCAUUUAAUUUAAGAGUUUAUGAUGUUAAGGCUUUAGACUUAAAUAAUAGACAAUAUACUUCUGAUGGUGUUAAUUUUUCUAUUGUUAGACGUACCAAACUAAUCUCCGCUCUGUGUUCUGUCCUUUUUCUGACCAUCCUCUUCUAUGUGUUGUCGAUUGUCUUCAAAUAUAUGAGCUUAAAACCUCAUCUGUAAGAAAUUCUAAUUUCUCUCAAUUGCUAAUCUCUUUUCGUAAAUCUUUUCUGCCUGUCUCCUCUACAUCUUUAGCUAGAUGGAUAAGACAAACUGUCUAUGGCAGGUAUUGAUAUUUCAGUGUUUGGAGCUCACUCUUCAAGAAGAGCUAUGACUACUAAAGUGUUUCAAGCAGGUGGCUCUUUAUCAGACCUGUUAAAAACUGCAGAUUGAUCUUCAGAAUCUACAUUUAAACUGUUUGAUCUUAGACCUAGCAUGCAUGUUUCAAGAAUAAUGUUGUAAUAUCUUAACAAUGUAUAUGAUAUAUAUGAUCAUUCAGAUUUUAACAUAAUAAUACGACCCUCCUGUCGUGUUAUAAAAUUCAAGAUUUUCCUAGUAUUGACAUCAGAAAAUAUAGAUUUUAUUAAAGACAGGAGGCGAGUAUUAUCCCUCCUAUUAACCCACCCUGUUCUUUGUUUCAGCUUUAAUACUGUAUGGAGUUUAAUCUUUCUUAUCCUUGGAGUUUACUAGAUAUUAUUUCUAGAUUCGCAGCUUGAAAGAAUAAUAUUGGGGAUCAUUCACUAUUAUAGACUAUGCCAGAUGCUGAUUGGCUACGGGGUGUUCCUUUUGGGUUACUCUGUUUUUUUUUCUCUUAUUACUAAACUUUAUUCAAAAAAAAUGUUUUUGCUGCUAGAGUUAAGUAAAGAAAGUCCAUGCAUAAUGUAACGGACCGUUUCAGCACACAAGGGGUUAAAACCGUUUAGGCGAUCGUCCCCUUUUCAGAGAUGCAUGCACAGCUAAUGUAGAACACCAAACUCUCAAACCGCAUGUAAGGGAAUGCUCCAAAUUCCCGAACGGCAUACAAUAGAACACUCCAAACUCACGAACUGGAACCAUACGAAUCGCUGAUAGUAGACGAAUUGGAAAAGCAUCCAAGCGGCUUACACUCCUAGCAAUCAGUCUCUAUCAGCAUUCAGAAUCCGCAUACUCCAAAUACAAACAAAUGUCAAAAUCAUCCAAAUUGGUCCAGUGGUUCAAAAGAUAGAUCGUAGUCCUUUGUGACCAAAGGAAGCAUGGCUUUUCUGCCCAAAACCAGUUCCACAGAUCUUCUAUCCUGGAGAUAAUUGGGAAGUAAUCCAAUUAUCUCCAAGGACAGAGGCAAAACUCCAUUGAGCACAUGGCAGCAAAAGACAAUAAAACACAUAAAAACAUAUAACUGUGCAGCCAUUGCACAAAACAGCUACAUUCAACAUAUCCCCUGAUAGCUCAGAUCUGAGCGCACAUUAUUACUGAAUAGCGCUCAGAGCACACACAUACAGUUCAAUUGCCAUGGAGCCAAAGUCUUUCCCAUAGUCUUUCAUUAUACGAAUGGGCUCCAUGGUAUAGCUAUCUGGGGUAUCACUGCUCAAACAGGGCAAGCACCAAAUGACCCGGCUUUCAUGUCUUUGCAGGGGAAAAUCAAGCCUUUUAACAUGGGGCCAUAAUCCAAAGGCAACAGACGAGCAACCAGGCUUCUCCAAUGCAAUGUGGCAAGAUUGGUCUCGUCACACAUAAUAUUCACCUCCUGUCUUAAAUAAAAUCUAUAUUUUCUGACGUCAAGACUAGGAAGAUCUUGAAUUGCUUGUUGAUAUUUUUUCCAUUUGUGUUUAUUAACAAAACAAGCAUUUAUGCAUAAGUCUUAUUCUAGUCUUAUCUUUGUCCACAGUGAACCUGAAGAUGGUCAGCAGCCAGCCCAAGUAUGACUUGAUCCGGGAGGUGGGCCGUGGCAGUUACGGGGUGGUAUAUGAGGCUCUGGUACGCAGGACCUUUCAAAGAGUGGCAGUGAAGAAAAUACGUUGUCAGGCGCCAGAGAAUGUGGAACUGGCAUUGCGUGAAUUUUGGGCUUUAAGUAGUAUUCAAAGCCAGCAUCCAAAUGUGAUCCACCUAGAGGAAUGCGUGCUGCAAAGGGAUGGCACAGUUCAACGAAUGUUACAUGGGUCCAGUUCAGCACUUUACCUGCCGGUGAGGCAACGGGGACAAUUAAUAGGGUUUGAUAGGGGAAAAUCUGUAAAGCAUCUUCAGACACAGAUCUAGGGCUGCUUAAAGCGGCACUCUCAUGGCCGAAUCCAUUUAUUUUUUAUUUAUUUUUUUUCCCUCCUUCCCGACUCCACUACAUCUAAGUGUUGCCCCCAUAUUACCUAUUUUCUCAUCUUUAUUUCAUGCUCGGACCUAGGUCCUGGACGACGCCAUCUUUGUGUGGGUAGAUGAAGCCCCUGUGGGAUACGUCAUCUGCCCACACUAGAUAGUGCUGUGCAAUUCCUGCGCAUGCCCAGUUAAACACUUGAGGAUUCGAACGGGAAUUCCAUCCAUUCUUCAGAAAGACGAAUAAAUGAAUAGAGAUUUCAAACUAAAGAACGAAGACCGCUUCGUUCGUUUGGUUUAUUACAAGGAGGGAGCACAACUCCCUCCUUGUAAUAUGUAAAAAAUAUAAGCCACUUACUAAGCCCCCAUGUCCUCCCUCACUCUAUGGAGGUCAAUAUGACCCCCAUAAUAGCAUUAAAAUCUCCCGAAUGCCCCUACUGGCUAUGCCGCGAGUAUGGGACAUGUCUACUAAACAGCAGCCUGUGGCUGCUCACUGUUAAAAAAAAAAAUAAAAAAAAAAAAAAGCCUUUCCCUUCAGUUUAAUAGCCCCCACUCUCACGGCAUGGGAGGGGGGACACUAGGGGUUGUGUUUUUUUUUGUUUUUUUUUUUUACAACAGUGAGCAGAAUUUACUAAUACUAAGAAAUCUUUACUUAGUUAAUUUGGCUGAAAGACCAAUUUCGGUCUUUUAGCCUUUUGGUAGAUAACUCUCUUAAUUCCCAUGGUAUUAGGGACCUAUCUACUAAGCGGCUGCAAGAUGCAGGCAUGGAUCGGAAUUUAAUUCAUUUGAAUGAAGUCCCGAACUGCGUCCUAACACGAAUGGAGAAACUGUUCUCAUUCUGUUGGAACGAAAUUCGGUAGUUCCGCCGGCGUUCUGUCUAAAAUGACUGGACGUUCGAUAAUAGUGAAAGGAGGCAUUGUGAGAUCAGAGGUAAGGUGAGAAUUGUGGGAAAUCGCUCUCACCACAGGAAAGGAAGCACACUUUGCUCCUCCGCUGGCCAGGGUUAGGAAACCUACAUAAGACAAAAUAGUCCCUACUUUGUCUUAUGUUUUAAAGAAAACUAGAGCAGACAGGGAGAGAAGAGGAAUCGAUUUGGAGAAAGGUAAUUUCGGCAUGACAGCGCCGCUUUAAGGAGUUAUAUGGAGCCACAAUAGUAGUCUAAAAAUAAAUCUUUUUGAUGAGCUAUUAUAAAGAUGUGUUGUAAGUUCUAAAUUGUUUUGUACAGAUAUAUGUUCUGUCAGAUAAUUUUAUCCCAAUUGUUUUUUUUUUUUGUUUUUUUUUAAAUUUUUGUAUCUAUGAUAACCUUCUUUAUAAAGUGUGACACAACAUUCAUUUACAGUGUCAGGUUUUGCUUUGUUUACCUGUUGAAAAAUAUUUUUUUCUGCUACACCAAUGUACAUUGUAAAAGCAACGUGUUUUUUUUUUUUUUUUUUAAAUGCACUUUUAGGAAACUUAAAACAAAAAAUAUGCAUCCAUAUUGUGCAUGGGGUUUUUGUUAUGAAACCGCACUGAAGGACAGUCAGGGAAGAUGGGAAGUGUAAUGUAUGAUCAGCAAAGCAGUGAUGCUUUAUUUUAGCUGAGUUGUACAACCUGUGAGCUCUGAAUGACAUCUGUUCAUUUAAAAAGAACUGCAUAUUUGAACUAGACAACUAUUCUUAAAGGACCACUAUAGGCACCCAGACCACUUCAGCUCAAUGAAGUGGUCUGGGUGCCAGGUCCAUCAUGGGUUAACCCUGCAGCUGUAAACAUAGCAGUUUCAGAGAAACUGCUAUGUUUACAUAAGGAUUAAUCCAGCCUCUAGAGGCAACCGCUAGAGGCGCUUCUCACUGUGAUUAACAGUGAGAAGACUCCAGCGUCCAUAGGAAAGCAUUGAGAAUGCUUUCCUAUGGACUGACUGCGCACGUGGGUCUUGCCGCGGAAGAGGGAGGAGAGUGCCCAGCGCUGGAGAAAGGUAAGCCUUUAACCCCUUCCUCCCUCUAGAGCCUGGCAGGAGGGGGGCCAUGAGGGUGGGGGGGACCUAUUAACUCUAUAGUGCCAGGAAAACGAGUUUGUUUUCCUGGCACUAUAAUGGUCCUUUAAGUUCAGUUUAAGCAAAAAGCAAAAGAAUGUUGCUAAACCUUAUAUGUGCUGAUUUGUUGACCCCUGGAUUAUUUCCUUACAUUAGCACAUAUUAUCCUCUCGCCUGUUGAACUAAUUGUGUGAGGGCCAGGGUUAAUAGUUUGCACUCACUCAUCUUUACUCCUCAAUUCUGUGUCUUCUUCUUCCCCUGAAGUUGGUAGAGACAUCUCUAAAGGGUGAGAUUGCCUUUGAUCCACGCAGCACCUACUGUCUGUGGUUCGUGAUGGAUUUCUGUGAUGGAGGAGACAUGAAUGAGUAUAUCCUGACCAGAAGGCCAAGCCGCCGCACCAACACCAGUUUCAUGUUGCAGCUGAGCAGCGCACUUGCAUUCCUACAUAAAAACCAGAUCAUUCACCGUGACCUCAAACCUGACAAUAUUCUUGUAUGCAAGUCCCGUGAUGGAAUAGAUGAACCUACUCUUAAAGUAGCUGACUUUGGUCUUAGUAAAGUAUGUUCCAGCUCCGGUCUGAACCCAGAGGAGCCAGCAAGUGUCAACAAGAGCUUUUUGUCUACUGCUUGUGGCACAGAUUUCUACAUGGCUCCUGAGGUCUGGGAAGGGCACUACACUGCUAAAGCAGACAUCUUUGCACUUGGUGUUAUUUUGUGGGCUAUGCUGGAGAGAAUUACAAUUACCGACACUCACACUAAGAAAAGACUGUUGGGUGGUUAUGUGCAACGUGGAACCCAGGUGGUGCCUGUAGGACAAGCUCUACUUGAAAAUCCCAAAAUGGAACUACUUCUUCCCAUCAAGAAAAAGUCCAUGAAUCGACGUAUGAAGCAGCUGCUGCACCAGAUGCUCUCUGUCAACCCCCAAGAACGUCCAGAUGCAUUCCAGUUAGAACUGCGACUUAUUCAGAUUGCUUUCAGAGACUAUACAUGGGAAACGUGACAUCCACCACAUCACAGGGUGGGAGGAUGGGGGUCUUUGUGGCAGCUUGUAAUGGGGAGUUGACUAUGUAUUUUUAAUCAUAUGACUAGCUCAAUAGUUUGAUAAUGUCUCCGAUUUGAUAUGCAGAAGAGCAAGACAACCAUAGGUGGCCUCACCAACUUGCUACUUGAUUAUCUGUGUUUUAUCACGUUCUUCACAUUGUAUCAAUAUAUAUUUUGGCUCUCUUACCUGUAUAGGGGACUGUAUUACUGCUUUUGAUGUAAUACAAAAGGGCUUACAUAUCAUUAUUUCUGUUUUGACCGUAGAAGUGUGAAAUUCAGAUAAUAAGAAUACGGUCUUAUUGUAAAUACCACAAGCCUGAUUAAAUGUAGGUAAAUGGUAACUACCCCUUCCUGGGUAAUUUACAGAGUACAUCGCAGUUAGAAAAGGGGAUAAAGUUGCACAUUCCAGUGGCAAUUAUAUGCUCCCUCAGAAUAGUUAUAUCAGCUACUGUGUGAUGAGGUGAGUGCGUGUAUAGAUAACUGGUUAUUAAGGGGUAAGAAGGUUUAUCCUUUCAUAUGCAGCAGGAUGAUUUCAUUUUGCACUGGUGUGUGUUUAUCUUAAAGGUUGGACAACCUGUUUUGUAUAGAAAAUAGAAUGUUGCUUUUUUUUUUUUUUUUAUACAGAAGACUCGUGCUGCAUAAGAUUGUAAGUAUCAGGAUCUGGGCUGUGACAUUAGUAUGGAAAGAAUAGUGUUUGGGUGAGUGGCUCUGUGUAAAGUUUGCAUGAAUAUUUUUUUUUCCAGUCUGGGAUAGAAUUUUCUGGGCUGACGCAUGAACUCUUAUCAAGGACUUACCUCCAAGGUUUGUGGAAACUGUUAAAUGACCACCUACGAGAUAUCUAUGAUAUAAAAAUAAAGUUUGGAGGAAUGCACUGCUAAACAGCACAACCUCAUUAAAGGGAUAAAAACAUGCCUUACACAAACCUCAAACCACCAUUUAACAUGAGACACAAUCUCACUUUAUACGUAAUUCACAUAAACUUUUUUUUUUUUUAAUAUGGCCCCCCCUCCACCUUCAUAUGAGAGUACAAUUGCAUAUACCAUUGACAAACCAGUCAGGGCAAAAGGUUCAUAACAAUCUUAAAAUGUAAUUUAUUGUGAAAUUUCAAAUGUUAAUAAAUUUGUGAAAAAUG